CUGCAACGGACUUAUUUCCGUUGCAGAUAAUUAACUAAAAUCGGGUUAUCCUCUUUUAGAUCUGUAGACGAAAUCAGUUCACAGAUCCAGACAUCCAGACCCAGCAAUCUUCCGUCCACCCAACUUCGACCGACACAUCUCCUCCGCGGCUUUCCUAGACCGCCGGCCGCCGUCGCACGGUUUGUUAACGUCGUGGCGCUCGUCCUCCUUGCCUCGCCGUCGACCACGCAGCCAGUGUCUCCCUCCUCGCCUCGCCUUCGACAGCCAGUGUCUCCCUCCCUCCUCGCCGCCGCCGCCAGUGUCUCCACCACUCGCCUCCGCCAGUGUCUCGACCGCCAUCUUCCCCCACCUGACCUCCUCUUCCUCUCAAGGCCCAAUUCUUCAAACUGCAUGAGGAGGCUUGACAGAAUGGGCUUAAAGGCUAGACAAAAUGAGCUUGUAACUGACGAUUCAGAAGGAGAUAAGGAAGUUAUAUGGUGGUAACCUUCCUCUACGAGGCGAUGAUGAUGGAACGGGAGGGGCUGGGCAGCCCGGGAUUUCAAGAUCCAGCUAGAAAACCUACAGAUCUGGCUCCCAUCCAUCUUCCUCGGACAAAGCUUUCACGAGGUGACGGCGGUAACGGAAGAGCUUUCAGGCGACGAGGGCCAAGUAGGAGGAAUUGCACAGUGAACGGGUUGUUUGAAGAUAUUGUAUUGCCUGAGCGCAUUAUGAGUGCCGAAAAGGAAAGGGAAAGAAGUGGUGAAGGACCAACCCGGAAACGGCUGAGAUUUGAUGAGAAUGAUGCAGAGCAUGAAGUGUUAUACCUAAGCUCCGGGUUUACCGGUGUUUUGAUGGAGGAAUGAUAAUCGAUUAUUAACAAGGAUAAUCGAUUAUUUUGGCAGAUUUCUGGGAACGAAAUGUUGGUGUUUGUGUGGGGAAAGGCUGGAAAAAUAUGGGGAUGAUGAGGGAGUUCUUUUGGGUAUUUUAAUGGAAGAAAAGGGUAAGAUUAAGAGGAGAAAUGGGGAGGUAUGAAAUGGGAGAAAAUCAGGGAUGGAUAAACCAAGUUGGUGUUUAAGAGAUAUUACACACUCUUAUCCUAACUUGGGGUUUGAAUCUAGAAUUUAAUUAAGAUAUGACACACUUAAUCAAAUAUCUAGAACCUA